CAAAUACAGAAAGUGAUAUCUGCAUUGUUUUUAAACUGGAACAUACAGUUGUACUUAGGUUUUUGUAAUGGGCUUGUUUUACAAAUUCCAUAGUAUCAGAGUAGAAAUGGCCGACAUUUAGGGAGUUACAUACUGCAAAUAUGGGAUAUCUCCCUGUUACAGGCUACCCAGAUACCACAUAGAACACUUUUUGUAACUCCGCCCUUGUGUCUGCGGUGACCGAUUUGUUUCAAGAUCCCAAAGCGGUUUUAGGUCCGGGUGGAGGGUCACAGCAGGCGCUCCUACACGUGUGAACUCUCGGAAAUCUUGUCCUGAAAGGAUCAUACUCAUUCAUGAAAUUUCCUGUUACUCUUAUAAACUGAACUUGUGAAGGCUUUAAGCGUAAAUUCGACUCUUAGCUUCAAGGAGGAAAUGCCGCUCAAAGUGGAAGUUGUAGCCUAGAGUUUUCACUACUUAUUAACUAUUCCGGAGUUUUUACUACAUAUAUAUUUGAUUGAUCUUUUAGCUGUAAACAUGACGUUGUAGGCAGAUAUACCUAUCUGUCCAUAACAGAUCGGAAAGCGCUGGAAGUUUCAUAGUUCACCCAUGAAACAGGGCGAUUUUCAGCCACUUUCAGUUUAUUUUGCAGUGGUUUGACCCACAGUAGCUGACUAAAGUGUGUACUCCAUGAGUAUAUUUAGCACUAGUUUAAUAUGACCGAGAAACAAGCGUUAGGAGACACUAAACUUAACGAAGAUUUGGAGAACCAUGUCAAGGUGGAGGCGGGUGACGCGGUGCAGCGCGCCGAAGAUCAGAGCCAGCCUGCCGGGCAAGGAGCGCCGCUACCCACCCGUCUGUACAAACGGCGCUGGAUGAUCGUCCUCCUGUUCAGCUCAUAUUCACUCUGCAACUCCUUCCAAUGGAUACAAUACGGCAUCAUCAACAACAUUUUCAUGAAGUUCUACAACGUGGACGCCUUUACCAUAGACUGGAUGUCUAUGAUCUACAUGCUGACAUACAUUCCCUUCAUCUUCCCGGUGACCUGGCUGCUGGACAAAAAGGGGCUCCGGGUCAUCGCGCUGGUGGCCACUGCGCUCAACUGUGCAGGCACAUGGAUCAAAGUGGCCAGCGUCAAACCCAACCUGUUCGCCGUCACCUUUCUGGGACAGUUCUGCUGUUCCUUCGCGCAGGUGUUCAUCCUCGGGAUGCCGUCCAGAAUCGCUUCAGUGUGGUUCGGGUCAGAAGAAGUGUCCACCGCCUGCUCUAUCGGAGUCUUCGGGAAUCAGCUGGGAAUUGCCAUCGGGUUCCUUGUGCCUCCCAUCUUGGUGCCUAAUGUGGACGACAUGGACGAGCUGGCUCACCACAUCAGCAUCAUGUUCUACAUCACAGCAGGAGUGGCGACCUUACUCUUCAUCCUUGUUGUCUGCGUCUUCCAGGAGCGCCCUAAACUUCCUCCGACUCAGGCCCAGGCAACAGCUCGUACCAUCCCACCAGAGCACUACUCCUACACAGCCUCUAUUCUCAGGCUGCUGCGCAACAAGCCCUUCAUCCUCCUCAUCAUCACUUAUGGUCUGAACGUUGGUUGUUUCUAUGCUGUUGGAACCCUGCUGAACCGCAUGAUCAUCGAGCAUUACCCUGGAGAAGAGGUGAAUGCUGGGAGGAUCGGCCUUACUAUUGUCAUUGCAGGGAUGGUUGGCUCCCUGAUCUGUGGCAUUUGGUUGGACAAAACUAAAACCUACAAGCAGACGACGCUCGCAGUCUACUUCAUGUCUCUGGUGGGGAUGAUAGUUUAUGCUGCUACACUCAAUCUGGGACACCUAUGGGUGGUCUUCAUCACCGCUGGAGCUCUGGGAUUCUUCAUGACCGGCUACCUGCCGCUGGGCUUUGAGUUUGCAGUGGAGCUGACAUACCCAGAGUCAGAAGGAACCUCAUCCGGACUCCUCAACUGCUCAGCACAGGUGUUUGGCAUUAUUUUCACCAUCUGCCAGGGGAAGAUCAUCGACCAUUUCAACACGCUGGCAGGAAACAUCUUCCUCUGUGUUUUUCUUCUAAUCGGCACAAUAAUGACAGGUUUUAUCAAGUCAGAUCUGCGGAGGCAAAAUGCAAACCGGUUGGCCAAAGCAGAAGCGGAGGGGCAGAUGACGGGACAAGACUACGGAGCCACGGCGCUAAUCUCCAAGCCGCAGACUCCUCCUUCACAUGCCUGAUCAAUAAACCUUUCUGCCUUCACAAAAAAAAUCUGCUCAAAUCUUAGCUCAACACGCAGAUACACAAAGGGACCUUCAGACUGCCAGAAUGGGAGCCUGGCUGGACCGGAAAUCAUCAGAGAAGCCAGGUUUUAGACACUAACAUUAAAGCUUUGAAAACGGUCGUGAUCUCCUUCCUGUUCCAGUGUAACAUGCUGAGAUAGAACAGAACAAUCAUGAAGUCUUGAGACCACACGUCCCUUCUAGGAAGAGUUAGAUGUACAGUGUUGUAUUAACUAUUUAUAAAUUAAAAAAAAGCUAAAAUGCUGAAUUAAAUCUGAUGUUUAACGCACAAUUUUAAGCAUAUAAAAUUCACUGUUCAGAAAUAUUUUUAUAUUGAAGUUUAAAUUGAAUAUCUCUAAUAAAUCUAAAUGACAAGUUUAUUCAAUGUUUGUUUGUACAAUUUUACCUGUCAGUAUUUUACAAGUAUACAGUUGAUUAUGUUCAGUAGGCACAUAUUUCAUAAUGAAGUGGUUAAUCUUGUUCUUGCAUAAACAGCUAACCUUGUAAAUACAAUAUCCAUGUUUCUAUGAUUGAUUUUGGUAGAAAUUAUCCAAAAAAUGUAUACUUUACUUAUUUAACAUGAAAUAAAACUGUUUUGUAAAGUU